UAUACGUGAUCGUUGCAAUAUAAUCCCUCUCCGUGAAACACGAGAAUUCGGUGUUACCAUAGAGCUAGGAGUCAAGCCGAGGGGGCUAUAUAAACCUCAAUGUUUACUCCAUACUGAAGGGAUGGCAUAUAGUCAGAAUAGGACCCACUCAGACACAGCGCUUCGUACCGCCCGAAGCUAUGUCUGUAGGAACACAGAAUCACGCACCAAAACCACCUGACGACAAGUGCAGACGACAAACGGAUGUGGUCUUCCAUAUUGUGUUUCCCCGGUCCCUGCGCUGAGCCCUUGUUCUUCAGAAAAGAGAUGUUUUGAGGAAGUCUCUUCCUCAGUUCUCCUUGUGGACGUGUUGUUCACGAUAUGGGCUGUGGGUCUUCGCACGACAUGGCGAAGUCAGACGCAGCAAAGAGACCACUCGGGACUGGUGCUGAGCACGGAGCAGGAAAUGGAACGAUUCUCGCGCUCGAAGCAGCUCGCAAGGUCUUCCAGAAAGACUGGAUGCCUGCAGUGUCGUCGACUAACCGCCAGGGGUGGAAGAAGACCUGCGCGAUGUGCGGGAUGUACGACGGGAAGAGCGGGAAGCUGGAGAGGACGCCGACUUCUGACGGGCUGAUGACGUACGCGAUGGUGGACAAAAACCGGGAGACGAAACACGUGAUUCACAUGCCCACAUCUGAGACGGAGGACACUGUCUUUAAGGACAUAGAUGAACAUGCUGUUAAGACUCCGAAGUCGCUGAGUGAGGAUUUCGCCUCGCUCGUUGAGCACCUGACAGAGCCGUGCACGACAGAGCUGGAGAAGGCGAGGGUCCUCUUCAGAUGGGUCACCGCUCAGGACAUCGUCAACAUGCAGUUCCCGUCCGAACCGAAAGAGGACUCACCUGAGUGGCACUUGAAGGAGAUCAAGGAGAAGAGAGAGUUUCAUUCUGCUCUCUUCAGUCAACUCUGCAGUCAUGCAGGCCUGGAGCACGAGGUGGUGAAUGGUUACACCAAGGGCGUCCGCUGUCUCCCGGGCACGGCACUACAGGGCACGGAUCACAGAGGGAGCUGGACACUCGUGCUCUUAGAUAACAGAUGGGGUAUCAUAGACACAUCGUGGGGCUCCCAUCACAUGAUCGAUGACGACAUGAAGGAACUAGAGGAGGUGUACUCCGUCGAAGAGUUCUACUUCUUACCUGACCCAAGCCGUUACAUCAUCUCUCAUUACCCGGAUGUGGACAACAUGCAACUUCUUCCCAAACCGAUUUCGUUACCAGACUUUGAAUCUCACGUGAAAUGCUGGCCGGAUUUCUUCACAUAUCAGCUAAAACUGCUGAGUCAUCACCAAGGGUUGCUGAAAACAACAAAUGGCGAAGUUACCAUUUACAUCGGAUUCAGGCCAGAAGACCACAGCAAGGUCAAGUUCGCACACCAUCUAAAGAUGGCGGACAACGGGACAAAAUGGCGGGGUGUCAACCUGGACAGAUUCGUGAGACAAUCGCGGAAGAAGGACGCCGUGAAGUUUGUUUCCUUUCCACCAGAGAAGGGGGACUUCUUGUUGGACAUAUUUGUCGGAGUUGAGGGAGAAGAAACUAACAAGUUUGUUUGUAAGUACAUGAUAAGUUGUACCGAGGCGUUAAGUGACACUGCUAACUCUCUACUACCGGAAUGGCAGGGAAACUGGGGACCCGGGAACCAGGCGCUAGAGAAGGGCGUGAUGCCGAUAUCUCACCGGUCAUCUACCAUCACCUGUAUAGACGGCAGGGCGCAGGUGGAAUUCGCACUCUCGCGAGAUCUCCGCUUCAGCGCGAAGCUGUACGAGAACAGCAUCCAGGACGGCCACCUGCUGCGGAACGUCGCGCACGAGAUCCGGGACGGAGUCGUCACGUUUCACAUCGCUGAUCCGCUGACGGGAAACUGCGGACUGGUUAUCUACGCUCAAGAUGCGUCCGGCGAAGAAAAGGGCGACACUCCGCCUUUGUGUAGCUACAUCGUCAAAGACGGGAAAACUGGAAUUGACCCUUUCCCCGAAGUUUCCAACGGCCUGUUCGGACCUAUCGAGCCUCUGUUUUCGCAGCGCGGGCUGUCAGUUCGACCACACGACAGCGCGUUCUUGGAGACCAGUACAGGUGAGGCAGACAUCAGAAUUCUCACCGAGAGACCGCUGGUGUGGUCUCACAAACUCACGUGGGAGACCGCAGAGGAGAAGAUAGACUUCAGCAAUCACGUGUUCCGUCAGACGCAGGAGGAGGAGGUGCAAUUUUGGCUGCGGCUGCCCUGGGUCGGCUGGUACCGGCUAGCCAUCUUUGCUGAAGAAUUCGGCCACAAAGGCAAACUGCGAAACGUCACGAACUACUGCAUCCACUGUACAGGCACGAAGCCGGCGUGCGAACCGUUCCCUUCUGUGAAUGGGGACCAGUGGGGCAAAAACGUCCCCACAUUUCGUGACCUUAAACUUUCAACAGACAGCCAUUCCGACGCCUACAUUCCUUGCCGGUCGCGGGAAGUUGAAAUCAGACUGUCGUCUUCACUGCGCGUUGCUUUCCUCAGUCAGUUCAGAUACCAGGAUAAGGACAUGUCGGACUACAUGUGUGUGAGAUCGCUCGACAACGGAAACAAAGGCGCGUUUCUUGCCCGUUUGCCCGAGAACGGCCAGUACUGUCUUGAGAUCUUUUGCAAAGAGACGGAUGACGAGGAACCCAGCAGUGAUGUGGUGAACUACUUGAUCAUUUGUGAAAGCAUGGCGCCUAAAAACGUCCGCCGGUUUCCGCGGGUGUCCACUGCGUGCUGGGGUCCGGUGUUCCCUAUGUUCACCGAGUUCCAUCUCCAACUCGUGAGUCACACGGAUCCCCUAGUUGUGAGCAAUUCCGGUGCAAUACGCCUGACUUUCGAGAACCCAGACAACGCGGGUUUAACCUGGACCCUCAACCACUGGGACAACGGAGCAGAGAAAGACUGUAAGAACUAUUGCUUUGUCCAGGAAAGUGCUACGGAAGAGAACCGUUCUACUGCGCUCGCUCUCUUGCCGCUCAGAGGUUACUACAAGUUCUCUCUGUACAUCAAAGAUACAAGCACCGGCGACAAGCUAUGCUGUGUCGUCAACUACCUUUUUGACUGCAUGAGCCGGGUACAGCGAUGUCCUCUGCUGCCGCGGCCGCUGGAAGGCUGGAGACCGGAGUUCCGUGUGGACCAGCCCCUCACAAGAAUCCUUCCUAUCGGAGAAACUGUUCGGUACAAGGUCAAAGUGCCGGGGGCUACCGAUGUCGUCGUCAUCACUUCAACAGGGUUCCUGUGCCACCUGAAGCAGACGGCAGAGGGGCAUUGGGAGGGUCAGGUCACCGUGCCGCCGGACGAAGAGGACCGAGGAAAGCCGAUGACGCUGGCCGCCAAGUUCGGGAAGGGCGAUCCCAAAUUCUCCCUGCUGCUAGAAUACAGAGUCGGUGACAGCGGCUCCUCAGUCCGGACCGUACUACUGGAGACUGACCAGAAGGGUGGAACAGAAACCAUGGUGCUGAGGAAGACCGUGGACCGCUGGCAGAGAGGAGGGGUCCAAACGGGACUGGAGGAGGCGUACCAGGGCUUCCUCAACAGGUACGAGAGCGCCAUCGUGGCCGACAUGGACCCGGCCCCCGUCGUUCCCAGGCUGGCGAGGGAGGGCAUCCUGACAGAACAGGAGGAGAGAAGCUGUAGUGAAAACGUCGUGUUGAACCAGCCCGCGGCGAACAGGACAGUAGUGGGAGCGGUGCGGAGAGAAGGCGAGGACGCGUUCCUGGUGUUCCGGGACUCCCUGCAGGACUCCGCGCAGGUCGAGAUCGUCAAGCUUCUACAGGACGUCAUCGUCGACCAACCAAAAGAUUUGGCGGUGCGGAAGAAGCUACAGGACGCCAUCCGGUCCCGGAACAGAAGGCGGCUGCUGAAGGCGAUGGAGGAGUACAGGGCGCUAGGACUGAACGCUGAGGACCCGGUCUUCAAAAGCGCCGAGAAAGCACUGGAGAUGCUACACGUCAGACAAGUUCUCCGAGACGCCAUCGCAGCCAGACGGCGGGACCCUCUGGAGAGAGCGCUGUCCAUGGCCACGCCGUUUAAGGACGACCUGACGGACCUGUUGGAGCAGGCUGAGCUCGUCAUCGCGAGUCUGGCGCGGCUGGAGUCACUACGGCACCAGAUCCUAGAGAUGAACCAAACCACGGUGUCAGAAAUCAGAAGUUACGCCCACCCACCCCCGGCUGUCGAGAGAGUCAUGUCGGCCACGUUCCUGUUGCUGGGAAACCAAGAAUCGGACAUUUCAGACUGGAAAUCCCUCCAGGCGCUGAUGGGUAAGACCGGGCAGGACAGUCUGAAGCGGCGGGUCCAGCUGUGCGAGCAGAGCGCCAUCACCAUGGACAAGGCCAUGAAGGCCAAGCUGCUGCUGGAGGGGCUGGACCAGGACGUGGUGCGGGACGUCAGCGCGGGAGCUGCCGCCUUCUACAUAUGGGUAAAGGGGCUGAUCAGAGAGGUGGAGGACACCGCUAAGGCCUGACGUUUGCGGACAGAGCUGCAGAAGGGUGUCGUUUGCCUGGACAUGUUUCAUUGUAGAGCACAGAAGACGUUCCUCCCGUUCAGUAUUAGUCUUUCUUAAGAACUAUUGCUUAAAGUAACACAAUCAGGCUGUAGAAGACUGUGAAUGAACAGAAAAGUACUGCUUACGUAGAAGUAC